AUGGGUGCCGGUCUCAAACCAAAAGAGAAGGACUACUGCCUUCCUUUCGAAAAGGCGAUGGCCAUCUUUAACGAGAAGACUGGCGAAUACGAGCCAGUUUCGCUGGUCAAAAAGAAAAAGGCAGCAUCGAUCCGGGCUAUCACUCAGCCCACUGUCCAGCCAAAAGUCCUGAAGAAGGCUAGGGCAGCCCACAUCUUCGACAAGCUUCAUCAUCUCAAGCCAGACAAGGAUGGGAGGCUUGCCCCCCGUCCGUUCACGAUACGGAAAGUGCGGAAGCCACAGCCGGAGCUUCCUGCAGAAAACCCUUUGGAGAAGCAGAAGGAGGAGCCAAAAUAUCCAGCGGAAGUCAUGGCUCGGUGCGGCCUUGACUGUGACCCAUUUAAAUGCUUCCGUCGAAAGCACAAGUUGACAGGAGACGAAGAGGCCGUAAAUGUUUCGGAUGACAGUGACAAAGAUUCCGAGCAAGAACCUCCUCAGUUACCACAACUACCUCCAAUCGGUCUAGACCAUAUUCAUCUGCCGGGUCAGCAUCCUCCUACACCGGACCCGAUACAUGAUAUAACUUUUGCUCCAACCAUACCUCCAGGAGGCCCGCCUCCCUUGCAUGACAGAGAUUAUUUCGUUAAUGGCUUUGCUUGCCAGGAGCCCUCAUUUAGAUAUCCGCAGAGAGAAAUAGGGCAUCAACCCAAGGAUGCGGCCACUGGUCAUCACUGUUGUGAUGUCCUGACCGAGGCAAUGCAAGCAAUGGCUGAAGAGAAAAAUGAGGAAUAUGCCAUGGGCUACUCUCCUGGACCUCAAGCUAGCAAGGGUAAUUCUGGGAGUGAGGAUAUCAGUGAACUGUACCCUACAGUUGCUGCGGACGUGCGGUCUAUAGCCUCAAAAAUUGUUGUCCCAGAGCUAGAGAUGACCGGAUACGACGACGGCAGUCAAGUGGCAUUCACUGUUGAUAUUAAGCCGCCGCCCCGUCCGCUGGGGCCCAACUGGAAGUCAGCACAGGUGGUAGAUCGUGUGUGCAAGAGCCUGGAUAGGAUGAUGGAAGUAAGAGCAGGAAUUCAUCGGAUUUUGAGAGAGAAGCCCGAGUAUGCGGUUGGAUUCCCAUACAGCAUCCAGGAAAAGAAAGAAUUGGAAAUGAAGUGUUUGGUCACUCUGAACCUCUUCACGAACUAUAUGACCGAAGACUCACCAUUUCAGCAGGACAAGGAGCCUAUUCGUCUUCUAGUCACCUGUUUUGAAAUUAUAGUGCAAUGUGCAUCAGCUUCGUUGGCUGCUACUCGCAAAGCAAUGGAAAACUCCAAAAGCCAGGAAGAAGACGACGCCAUAGGGCACCACUUUCAACGAUGGGUGGUGCAGACUUGGUCAGAUAUCUGGGUUUUGGAGGAUGAAACUUCCAGAUACUUGGGGAUACCAUCCAUCAAUAAACCUCUCUGA